ACACGUGCUAGCUGCCGCUCCCAUACGAAAAGCAACAGGAUUAUAGUUUUCCAAACAUAUUUUUCCUCUUUCUUUCCGGUGACCUGCUUCGGAACCUCCUCAUGGAGCACCGGAGAACAUCGCUGCUGUACCCGGACUUUACCGCCAGUUUAUGAUCACAGCUUGUAACCGGAUGAGACCGUGUGAACACUUUGACCAUCAACACACCAAAACUGCUGCUGUGGAGUCUGAGGAUCUGAUAGUGAGCAUGCAAACACGAAGUCAAAGAAGAAGCUCUGCAAAGGAUUCUCCAUCCAAGCCAUCUGUGGCUGAGCUGGCUGGAAGGUUCAAAGGUCACAUUUUACCAAUGCCCACCUCAAAUGAUGAGCUACCAUUUCGAAGAAGACCCCCAUGUUCUCUAAAGCUGCAAAAUCAAAAAGAUGAUGAAGAAUCUGAUAAAACUGCUGUCUCACCAAACCCUUUUAAAAUCAAGGUGAAGAACUCUGCCAUCAUUGAGAAACUUCAGGCCAAUCUUGCUCUGUCACCCACUGCUCUGCUGCCUUCGCCCAAGAGUCCUGAGGUGAAGCUCCAGCCAGCGCCUUUGUCCCCCACCACACCCUGUAGCCCGCAGAGCCCCCUGAGCCCCACCCGGCAGUCCACACAUCUGUCCAGUGAAGAGGAGGAUCCAAUCAGCUUUGACAGCCCUCCUGAGGGCAACCCGCUGCCGAGCUUCAACAAGACUCGUGCACGACUAUCAUUUAAAAGGCGCCCGCCCACAAGACAGCACAGGAGGUCAGCUGGAGAGGAGGCGGGAGCCUUUGGAAAUACUCUGUCCCCAAGUGAACUGUACAGCCCAAAAGAAAAUGGGGACAUGGACCAGGUUUUCGAAUGUGGACAGCAGGCAAGUCUUCAAGAAGCUGAAGAGGACAGAGACUCUGACAAAACAGAGGAAGAGGUAGCAAAGAGUGAUCCAGAUGACAGGGGAGAUCCGGAGGAGGAGCAGGAAGCAGAACAAAACCAGAAUGUGGAGGCUUUGGAGGAGGAACAGCAGUCUUCAGAUCCUUGCCCUGCUAAGGAGACAGAGGAGGAGAUGCCUCAAGAGGAGAACUGAGAUGGAAAUGACAGGGCGUGAACUGUGAAUAUUUACUCAAAGAAAAAAUAUAUGAAUAAGUUAUUCAAUGCUUUUAAUUAAGAGAACUCUUUUGAAAAAUAAUCUGAAAAAGUGAAUUCGUUUAUAAGUUUCUUGGUACCUGCUGUUGUUGUCCCUCUGUCGCCCUCUCCUGGCCGUCCACAGAACAGGUCUAUAACACUGGAGAGUUCAGAGAAGCAGCUGUUCUCUGCACAUGGAAAUAAGCAUUGCAGUUGAUGUGUCCGUAAUCAGGCAGCAGAAAUUUGUGUCAUAUUUUAUCAAGUCUGCAUAACCAGACUCCUGUUUUUAUGAUACAUAGAAUUUUUUUUUUUUUUGCAAAUCAAAGACAUUGUGAACAGUGCACCCCAAAGUCAGAGGUGUCUUUCAUGUACAAAGCACUCUAAAAAUACUGAAUGCUAGGUUGACAAAAGGCAAAAUAUUAUGAGACUUCAUUUAUAUAUAUAUUAGCAGAUGUAUAAAAUUUUCCUAAAUCAUACCAAACCCUGUUCACUUUAGGUUGAAAUCAUGUACUUUGAAUAUCUAGUUUUCUAGAUUGUCUGCUUGUUUAACAUUUUGUAUUUUACAAAAUAUUUAAAUCACAGUGCUGAUGUGGAGGGGCUUGGGUCCUCAGAAAUUAUGCACAGAAAUGUUAACAAAAUAAACAGUUUCCUUCUUCUGUAAUAAGAAAUUGA